UAUAAAGCAGCUGAUUCAUAUUGAUGUUCCUCUUUAUCAAAAGCUACCACGACGCUUUUCCAUUUCAAACCAGCGCGCUCUUUCAACCACCACCCCCACAGUCUCGGCUUCAUGCGUUUGAUACCCUUUCAAGUCCCUGCCGCCUCCACUGUUUUCAAAUGGAUCGCAGCUUUAUAGGGUCACAUCCGGUCACAAUAUACUGCUACGGGGGAGGAGCUUGACUAGCUAACGUUUCGAAUGAAUUGACUUUUUAACGAAACAAUUUUGCUCAGGGAAACAUACUACAAUUCAGGUACCAUCAGUUAUACCAAUGAGUUCGAAAAGGAGAAGGGCCACCUCUCCAUCCAGUAGUGUGAGCGGAGGGGACUUUGACGAUGCCUCCUCCUCCACUCCUGGAAGCGGGCGAAAGAGGAGAAGACCCUCUAAUGUCCCUACGGUAGAUCCUAUUGCUGUGUGCCACGAGGUGUACAACACUGUCAGGGACCACAAGGACGACCAGGGAAGACUGCUUUGUGAGCUGUUCAUCAGGGUACCAAAGAGACGGAAACAGCCAGACUACUAUGAGGUGGUGUCCCAGCCCAUAGACAUGACCAAGAUCCAGCAGAAGCUCAAGUCAGAGGACUACCAAGAUGUGGAGCAGCUCACUGCUGAUUUCCAGCUCAUGUUCAACAACGCCAAGACCUACUAUAAGGCUGAUGGUGUGGAGUACCAAGAGGCCUGCAGGCUGUGGGAACUCUAUGUCCACACCAGGAAUGAGUUUGUUCAGCCAGGGGAUGGUGAUGAAGAUGACGACGAUGGUGAAGACAUCCUAGAUAAUCGUGCUCUCUUCACUGAAGAUGAGACCCCACCGAGCUGCCUGAAGGAGGUUUUGGAGCAGCUGCUAGAUGCUGUAGUGUCAUACACAGACCCCUCAGGAAGGGUCAUCAGUGAGCUCUUCCAGAAGCUGCCUUCCAAAGUGCACUACCCAGACUACUAUGCCGUUAUCAAGGAGCCCCUUGAUCUGAGAGCCAUCACUCAGAGAAUACAGAUUGGAUACUACAAAAGUGUCACCGGCAUGGCUAAGGAUGUUGACCUUCUGGUGAAAAAUGCAAAAACAUACAAUGAACCAGGAUCUCAGGUUUUUAAGGAUGCUAACAUCAUCAAGAAGGUCUUCAUCCAGAGAAAGACUGAGAUAGACCAUGCUGAGCCCACUAAGACCAGUGUCCGCAUCAAGAACCGGAGGUCAGCCCAGGGAGACCGUUUCUCUGCCAUCACCCUGGCUUUGCAGUACGGCUCAGAGAAUGACGAGGACGCCCUGCUCUCUGGCUCUGUGCAUUAUGACGAGGGCGAGUCUGAGGCGGAGUGCCUGAGCUCCAGUAUGGACAUGGGUAACCCAGUGUUCCAGCUGUAUGAGGCUGUGAGGGGGGGCAGGAACAGCCAGGGACCGCUCCUUUCUGAACCCUUCCUCCAGCUGCCCUCCAGGAAAGAAUACCCUGACUACUACCAGCAGAUCAAACACCCCAUCGCCCUGCAGCAGAUCAGGGAGAAGAUGAAGAAUGGGGAGUAUGAGAGUGUGGAGCAGAUGGACUCUGACCUUACUCUGAUGUUUGAGAACGCCAAGUGUUACAACGUGCCCACCUCAGGCAUCUCCAAACGGGCCCUCCGGCUGCAGCAGAUCCUGCUGCUUAAGAAGAGGGAGCUUUUGAGGAGAGGUGACGAAGAGGAACAGGAAAGCAUUCUGUCCUCUGACACAGGAACUGGCAGUGCCACCAAGAGGAAAAGCCAUAAGAAGAACAUGAAGAACCGUAUGAAGGCACUGUAUGCUGCAGUGACUGAAGCCAGAGAGCCAGGGACCAACCGGAGGCUCUGUGAUCUGUUCAUGGUCAAGCCCUCCAAGAAGGAUUACGCAGACUACUACAAGGUGAUCCUGGAGCCCAUGGACCUUAAGACCAUCGAGCACAACGUCCGCUCAAAGCGCUACGCCACCGAAGAAGCCCUGAUGGACGACAUGAGGCUGAUGUUCCGCAAUGCACGUCACUACAACGAGGAGGGAUCUCAGGUUUAUAACGACGCUGGCAUCCUGGAGAAGAUAGUGAAGGACAAGAAGAAGGAGCUAGGAGCUUCUCCCGAGGAGGACACUGACAACAUGGGAUCUCCUAAGCUCAAACUAAGGAAGAGUGGUGUGUCUCCUAAGAAGUCCAAUAAGUGCCUGACCCCCCUGCAGCAGCGCCUCAACGAGCUGUAUGACGCUGUGAGGAACUACACAGACGCCAGGGGGCGACGUAUCUCCACCAUCUUCUUGCGCCUGCCCUCCCGUGCCGAGCUGCCUGACUACUACGCCACCAUCAAGAGGCCCAUCGACAUGGAGCGCCUGCGCAGCCACAUGGCGGGAGGCCGCUACCAGGACGUGGAUGCUCUGGUGGAAGACUUUGCAGUGAUGUUCAACAACGCCUGUACCUACAAUGAGCCAGAGUCCCUGAUCUACCGUGACGCUCUGCUCCUCCACCGCGUGCUCCUGGAUACCCGGCGGCUGCAGGAGGGAGGGGAGGAGGGCGGCGGCUCUCCCCCUGCUGUAGGGCCAGUGGUCAUGGAACUGAUCAGGAACCUGUUUGUGUCUGUGCUGGCGCACCAGGACGAGGAGGGGAGGUGUUACAGCGACUCACUGGCUGAGAUCCCUGCCCAGGACCCGACCAGCCCGGAGAGCCCUCCGCUCAACUUCGACGUGAUCCGGGCCAACAUAGACCGAGGACGCUACCGCAGGCUGGACGUGUUCCAGGAGCACAUGUUCAAUGUGCUGGAGAAGGCCAGGCGCCUGCACAGGACGGACUCUGAGAUCUUUGAGGAUGCGGUGGAGCUGCAGCAGUUCUUUAUAAAGAUCCGGGAUGAGCUGUGUAAGAACGGAGAGAUCCUCCUCUCCCCUGCGCUCAGCUACACCUCCAAACACCAGCACAAUGACGUGGAGCAGGAAAAGAGAGAGAAACUACCUAAGGAGAUAGAGGAGGACAAAUUGAAGAAGGAGGAGGAGAACAAAGAGGAGGGAGAGAAGGCUGAGGACCCAGCUGGGGGAGGUGCGGGGCCAGAGAGGACAUACCGUCAGGACUGCAGCUUUGAGAACAGAACCUACCACGUGGGUGACUGUGUCUACGUGCAGCCAGCCGAGGCCAACCUCAAGCCUCACAUCGUCUGCAUCGAGCGCCUGUGGGAGGAUGAAGCAGGUGAGAAGUGGCUGUAUGGCUGUUGGUUCUACAGGCCUAGUGAGACCUUUCAUCUAGCCACACGCAAGUUCCUCAAGCAAGAGGUCUUCAAGAGUGACUACUUCAACAAAGUACCAGUCAGCAAGAUACUGGCAAAAUGCAUGGUCAUGUUUGUCAAGGAUUACUUCAAGCUUCAGCCUGAGGGAGUAAGACCAGAGGACGUGUACGUCUGUGAGUCCCGUUACUCUGCCAGGAACAAGGCCUUCAAGAAAAUCAAGAUGUGGGCCGGGCCAGCCGGCGUGAGGUUUGUCCCUCGGGAUGUGCCGUUGCCCGUUAUCCGCGUGGCCUCCAUGUAUGCCAAACGUGAUCAGGAGAAACUGUUGGCCGUGGCCGAUAACGGCAGCCACAGCAUCGUCGACAAGGAGCUUGAGGAUGUCCCGGUAGAGAUGAGUGGAGGGGAGCCAGGCUGUCAGUACUACGACCAGCUCCACUACAACAACAUGUGGCUGAAGGUGGGAGACUGUGUCUACGUCCAGUCACAUGGGCUCGUUAAACCCCGUGUCGGCAGGAUAGAGAAGCUGUGGGUGCGCGACGGCGUAGCAUUUUUCUUCGGACCCAUCUUCAUACACCCAGAGGAGACGGGACACGAGCCCACCAGGAUGUUCUACAAGAGAGAGGUGUUCCUCAGCAAUGUGGAGGAGGCCUGCCCCAUGACCUGUGUCAUAGGUAAAUGUGUGGUGUCGUCCUUUAAGGACUACCUGUCAUGUCGGCCCACUGAGGUGUCUGAGGAGGACGUGUUUCUGUGUGAGAGCCGUUACAUUGAGAGUGAGAAGCAGAUGAAGAAGUUUAAGGGCCUGAAGCGCUUCUCCCUCCACGCUAAGGUGGUGGACGACGAGGUCUACUACUUCAGGAAGUUGAUAGUGCCACAGAAGGAGCCGUCUCCUCUGCUGAAUAAGAAGAUUGAGGAGCUGGAGCUGAAACUGGCAGACAUGGAUGAGGGGGAUGAGGAUCUGGAUGACCUGGAGGAUGAGGACGAGGCUCCAGAGACCCCCUCCAUGCCCACCAUUCAGACCCCUCUGGCAAGCGAUUUGGACAUCAUGCCUUAUACCCCUCCUCCCCAGUCCACUCCCAAGGCGAAGGGCGUUUCUAAGAAGGAAGGAGCCAAGAGGAAGGUCAACAUGAGUGGUUAUAUCCUAUUCAGCAGUGAGAUGCGUUCGGUCAUCAAGACCCGCCACCCUGAUUUCUCCUUCGGGGAGCUCAGCCGUCUGGUGGGCACAGAGUGGAGGAACCUGGAGGCUCCCAAGAAAGUAGAGUAUGAAGAGCGGGCAGCCAGGGUGGUGGAGCGGCAGGAGAAGGAGAGGGCAGCCCAGCAGCAAGCAUCCCCGAGAGCAGGUACCCCAGUAGGGUCCAUGAUGGGGGUGGUGCCUUCGCCUAGCCACAUGGGAAUGAUGCCUGGUCCAGGCAUGAUGGGAGCUUACGGCCCCCCCUACGGCAUGCCCAUGCAGGGCCCCCAUGAGGGCUUGCUGGGUAUGGGCCCAAUGCCACCUCACCAUAUGGGCCCGAUGCCCCCCCAACACCUCCAGCCAGGUAUGCCUGGGUACCACCCUGGCAUGCCCUAUCCGGGUAUGAUGGGUCCUGGUAUGAAUGGCAUGCAAGGAAGUCCCGGAGGCCACUACUACAUGCAACAGCCUGGGAUGUUUAGCCCAGGGCAGCAGGCUCCUCCACCCUACCCAGGCCAGCUAGGCCAGCCCUCUCACCUCCAGCCCAUGACUCCCAUGUUUGUGGCUCCACCGCCCAAGACACAGAGGGUGCUUCACUCUGAGGCCUACCUCAAGUACAUCGAGGGCUUGAACGCAGAGACCGACACAGUCAGCAAGUGGGACCAAUCUCUCAAAGCGCGUCGGAGAGAUGCCCACCUGUCCAAAGACCAGGAGAGCAGGCUCCCUUCCCAUUGGCUGAAGAGCAAGGGAGCCCACAAGACGAUGGCAGAUGCACUGUGGCGCCUGCGGGACCUGAUGCUUCGAGACUCACUGAACAUACGGCAGGCGUACAACAUGUAAAAAAAACUCAAACUACUGGCCGUGUUCCUGGCUGACUUCAUUGCAUACACCUGCCAGAUCUCACAAUGCCUGGAUAGGUGUUUAACAUAUUAGCUAACCACAUCUUUCCCACGCAACAGACAGCAAGUGGUCCACUAAUACAGGACUAGUAAAGGCCCAGUACACUACUUUUGUGGAGAGAAAAAAUAUAUAUAUAUAUUUGCUGUGAUUUAUUUUGGGGGAUUUCUCAGGGGUGCUGCAGCACCCUCCGCACCCAUACUUCACGCGGCUAUGCAACCACUGGGCUUGUUUGGGUCCUGUGUGGCUUUUGGUAGAGUAUGGUGCUUGCAACGCCAAGGUUAUGGGUUCGAAUCCCACGGGUGAUCAGUAUGAAAAAGUACAAUUAUGCACUCACUACUGUAAGUUGCUCUGGAUAAGAGCAUCUGCUAAAUGACUAAAAUGUAAAUGUGAAAUGUUUGACAGUGCAGGCGACUGCUGACUGACUGAUCUACUAUUGACCUUGCAUCGUAAAUAAUGAGUCAUUAUUACUUGUACAUCAUUCGGUCACAAUUUACCCAUGAUACAUCACGUUUUUGAUGCUCUCAAACACAGCUAUUGUCUCUCUCUCACUGUCCUCGUGAAUGGACAGACACAGGAAGAAAAAUAUGGUUAUAGAGAAGCAAUAUUUUAUAGUGAAUCAAUCAUGGAUUUUAUAUUUUUGAGCAUAAUAAUCUUAGGUUUGUGUGUGUGAUUUUUCUCUUUUGUAUCAUGGUUGUGAAGAUUUGUCAAUGUAAGUUAAAGUUCUUUGCAGCUUAUGGUCAUUCACUGACAAAAUAAAUUUGCUGAGGACAAUUA